CCCCAGUAUGUGGAAUUGGGAGCUACGAGGUUCUGGCUGUUAGGAUUCUGAUUCUAACAUCCUCUGGCAUGUGAGAGAGGAAGCUAAGGUUCAGGGGAAGGGGGAGAUGUCGGCGCUUCUGAAUUCCAAGAUUCUAAGCCUUGGCACUCCAGUAAACUGGGUUCCUGGUCCGUGCCAGCUAGUGCAAGUCUGGAGUCGCGGGCACCACCCAUAAGCGCCUCCCUCGCCCGUCUGGUCUCCCGUGUCCCACCUGGCGGACCAGCUGGAGGACCGGUUCCUGGCGCCCCCUCUCCAUGGCCAGGGGACUGGCACCGGAGGCCUUGGGAGCAGGGGGGUGGGAAGGGGAGCAGGAGAGGACACAGGGAUAGUCUGGGGUGACCUAACUCCCACCCCAGGGCAAUGGGCUGGGGCAGAGGCGGUGUCGGGGGAAGGCGGGAAGCUGCAGGUCCCGCCCCAGAGGAGACUUCCUGGUGGGCGGAUACCCCGGUGAGUCGCAGCCGCCACGGCGGGGGACCCCGGCGCCAUGGCGGGCACGCGGGACGCCAUCCUGGAUGCGCUGGAGGAGCUGACCGCUGAUGAGCUCAAGAAGUUCAAGAUGAAGCUGCUCUCCGUGCCCCUGCGCGACGGCUACGGGCGCAUCCCGCGGGGGGCACUGCUGCCCAUGGACGCCGUGGACCUGACCGACAAGCUCGUUAGCUCCUACCUGGAGGCCUACGCCGCCGAGCUCACGGCCCAGGUGCUGCGCGACAUGGGCAUGCAGGACACCGCGGAGCGGCUGCAGGCCCCGGCCCGGGCCCCGGGCUCUGGAGCCGCGCCAGCAGGGAUCCGGGCCUCUCCUCUCCAGGUGCCAGCCAUAUCAGCCCCGCACUUUGUGGACCGGCACCGGGAGGCCCUCAUUCAGCGGGUCACAGACGUGAACGGCGUGCUGGAUGCUCUGUACGGGAGCAUCCUGAGGGAGGAGCAGUACCAGGCAGUGCGAGCAGAGGCCACCAAUCCAGACAAGAUGCGGAAGCUCUUCAGCUAUGCUCCAGCCUGGAACCUGGCCUGCAAAGAUCGGCUCCUUCAGGCCUUGAGGGACACCCAACCCUACUUGGUGGACGACCUGGAAAGGAGCUGAGGCAGCAGCUGGAACUACCAGGGGUUGGACGUGCAGAAUGAGUGAUUUUUUAAAUAAAAAGUCCGCUUGUA